CCCUGGACCUCCGUUGUGUGCGGACGUGUUUUUUGAUAACCCCUACUUGAUCUAAUUUUUGAAUUUUUUAAAUAAAUAAUUGAAUUUUAAAUAAAAUAAGUGCCGCAAAAUUAGUACGUAGUACCAGGAGAUCAGAAGCAUCCCGGAGGCCGGCGUAAGCGAAAGUAAGACAGAACUCCAGCUCAGCGUGUGCGAAAACAGGAUAGCCUACGCGUGCCGUGCGUAAGUCGUAAAAGCUCCGCCCACUUAUACUCGUAGUCCAUUCAGUCCUGCGCCCGCGCUACUACUACUGCCGACCCCGCCGCCAUUGAUGCCAAAUACAGUCAAACAAAAAGAUUGCGCAGCGUACACUAGGUAACAAAAGUUUAUUUUUACUUACUCUUCAACUAUGACUACUCAGAGGUCUCCUAUCAUUUCUACAAAUCGGCCUGGAUUAAUGAAGACCCCCGUAUCCAGCUUCGGUUCAGACCCUCAGUUGUAUGAUUCAACAAAAAAUAUAGACAGUGGUUCUGACUUCAUCACACGCAGAAUGAAAAGAAAACAUAGUAAUGAGUCUCCUGACUUUGAGUCUAUUAUUUAUCAAAUGAAGGAAAUGUUUGCGAGUUUUGAAAAAAAGCAAAACCUAAAACUAGACGCUAUUUCACAACAAAAUUUAGAAAUUCAAAAGAGUAUUACCUUCUUGUCGUCUAGAUACGAUGAUUUACUAAAUAAGGUACAAACUUUAGAAACCACAAAUAGGAGCUACGAACAGAAGAUUGAGUCACUUGAGAGCAAAAUAGAGGUACUUGAACGAAACUCUCGUACUUCGUCUGUAGAAAUAAGAAACGUUCCUAAGCAGAAUGUGGAAAACAAAUUGUUUUUAAGAUCGCUAGUAAAACGGGCGUGUGAGACUGUUCAACAGCCCCUGUCAGAUUCUGAUAUAAAUGAUGUUUAUAGACUUAAAACAAAAAAGGAGACAGGAAACCAUAUUAUUGUUAAUUUUACUAGUACAAUAUGCAAGGACGGUUUUAUUAACCAAUGCAGAGCUUACAACAAGACACAUAAAGAGAAUAAACUGAAUACUAGUCAUAUUGGCUUACCUGGGCCCUCUAAACCGAUCUUCGUGGACGAGCUGCUGACCAGUCUAGGAAAAAGACUCGCUUACUUAGCCCGUCAAUUGGUGAAGGAGAAUAGUUACCAUAGUACAUGGACCUCAUAUGGUAAAGUCUACUUAAGGAAGACUCAAAACUCGCCAGUGUUACGCAUUGAUUGUGAAACAGACUUUGACAAACUUUCUUCAAAGUGACUAGAUUUUGUGUUACUCUUGUUUUUUACUUACAUUUGUUUAUUAACUACCCAUAUUACCUGUGCAUAUAGCAUGCGGGCCCUGUGUACUCAUCACGAAUCUAAUGUAUCUCUCGCGUUUGAUAUGUUAACAUGUAACUACUACUUUCUGCAUAUAAUUUUAGUUUCUAAAAAAUACAGUAAAAUACCCCUACUUACUCUCUCAACGCCGUUUGAACACAUUCUACAUCUAACUACUCUAACGAAAAUUACCUCUCCGCCCUUAUCUCAAAUAACUCACACUUUCAUUUUAAAUAAUCACAAACAAAUAAAAUUUAGAACCAAUCGUACCUAUAAUGUUGUAUUUGUAAUAUUAAAUCGAUCAACAGUAUUCCCUAAUAACCGACUUCGAAAUAAAGAGACCAUCCUCAUGUCGUCACGGCCAUUGAUAUAUUUAACUCUUUUAUACUUCUUGUUUAUUAAUGUGAAAGUUUUCUACUAUUUAUCAAAAUCAGAUCUCACUUCAACCAAUAGCACAUCUUAUUCGAUCGCUUCAUUCAGGAAUCUUGUAAAUAAAAUUCGAUAACACCAAUAUAAUAAACAAUGACUUAGACGAGUUUUCAAUAGCACAAGCAUCUGUCUGUAAUAUAGACGAAUGUUCGACUUUCAUAAAUAACUCUGAUUCGUAUCUCAAAAUUAUUCAUCAAAACAUUCGUAGUCUAAACAAGAAUUUUCCCAGUUUUCUCACUUUAUUUGAAAGAGCCAAAAUUGACUGGGAUUUGAUUAUCUUUACAGAAUGUUGGUUGCCACAUACACACUAUAUCAACACACUUGAUGGCUAUAAUCAUGCACGUACGGCAAAAAACCCAACUCAGAAUGAAGGUGUUGUUGUUUACCAUAAAACCAAUAUGAGAGUAAAAAUCUUGGAGCCUAAUUUAAGCAAUGCUAAUUGCCUAACAAUUGAAAUUGAUUCUCAUACUAUUGUUGUUGCAAUAUAUAGACCCCCUGGAUAUAAAGAUGUUAAUACAUUUAUUCACUCACUAAAUGAUUUAUUAUCUACUCUAAGACAUCCCAACAUUAUUAUUGUUGGCGAUAUAAAUAUUGACAUAAAGCUUAAUAACUCUGAUGAAUACUCUUCCUUUUACCUUGACACAUUAGCAUCACACAGUAUUUUACCAGCACAUACUUUCAUUACUCAUGAUAAAACAUCUAUAGACCACAUAAUGUUAAAAACCAAGCACACUGCAAAUUGUUAUGUCUCUGAGACUUCUAUAACCGAUCAUGAUUCAGUAAUGCUAUCUCUCAA